UUUGUCUGUGACGUUAAUAUUAACAAUUCAUUAACUUGCAUGGGAUAUUAUCAAGCUAACCAGUCAUUAGAUCUAACUCUCGAUAUUAUUGAUUCAUUAUCCCGAUAUUGAAAGGUUUGUGAGAAUCGAGCUCGGACACAAUCUGACUACACAUACACGGGAGUACAGUGGCGGACAGUGUCGCAGAACAUUCUCAGUAGGCGCAGCAUUGGUGGUUAUUGAUUACGACUGAUGUGGCGGACAACACUGGUAUCUGGUUAUUCUAGCAGCUGAUAUCCGCCGUGGUCACAUGUGCAGUGAAGUUGUCUGGAUUUAUCUUGGUAUUCAUAAAUUGGAUCAAUACUAACAAUGGAUGUAGAGGAGUUCCGAAAGAGAGGGAAGGAAAUGGUGGACUAUGUGGCUGAUUAUUUGGAAAAUAUACGAGAACGUCGUCCAUUCCCCACCGUCACUCCUGGUUAUCUCCGGGAACUCAUUCCAGACAGCGCCCCUGAGGACCCUGAGAGCUGGGAUGAUAUUUUUGCUGAUAUUGAAAGAGUCAUUAUGCCAGGAGUGACCCAUUGGGACUCCCCACAGUUUCACUCCUUCUUUCCAACUGCUAAUUCCUACCCAGCCAUUAUAGCGGACAUCCUGUCAGAUGGUAUUGGUAAUAUAGGCUUUACAUGGGCGUCGAGUCCUGCAUGUACAGAGCUGGAGGUAGUUGUGUUGGACUGGCUUGGUAAGAUGCUUGACCUUCCUCCAGCAUUUCUCUUCUCCUCCGGGGGGAAAGGAGGUGGCGUAAUACAGGGAACAGCCAGUGAGGCCACUCUUGUCACCCUGCUGUCGGCCCGCACACAAUUCUUACACAAGCACAACAAGUCUGGGGAUGGUCACCAUGACGAUGGCGCAGUCAUGUCAAAACUUGUCGCCUACUGUUCUGCUCAGGCCCACUCAUCUGUAGAAAGAGCAGGUCUUAUUGGAGCAGUCACAAUGAAGAAAUUGGAAACAGAUGAGAAGGGUGCACUAAGGGGAACAACUCUCCAACAAGCCAUAGAAAAGGACAGAGCAGCAGGUCUCAUUCCAUUUUAUCUGUGUGCUACCUUGGGGACAACCUUAUCCUGUGCAUUUGACAACGUGCUGGAAUGUGGACCAGUGUGUGAAAAGGAGGGAAUUUGGAUGCAUAUAGAUGCAGCUUAUGCUGGAAGUGCUUUCAUCUGUCCAGAAUUCCGACCACUUUUGAAUGGUGUCAAGUAUGCAAUGUCUUUCAAUUUCAACCCUCAUAAAUGGAUGAAAGUGAACUUUGACUGUUCUGCCUUGUGGGUACAGGAUAGCUCCCUGAUCAGUGAUGCCUUCAACGUGGACCCUCUGUACCUCAAACACGAAAACCAGGGCAAGAUGCCUGACUACAGGCAUUGGCAGAUUCCCCUUGGCCGGAGAUUCAGAUCCCUCAAGCUGUGGUUUGUUAUCAGGGCCUAUGGACUGAAAGGUUUACAAGAGUAUAUCCGAAAGGAUGUCCAGCUGGCCCAUGAUUUUGAGAAGUUAGUGGUAGCUGAUGACAGAUUUGAAAUCUUCGGGGAAGUUGUAAUGGGCCUUGUCUGCUUCAGGUUGAAGGGACCCAAUGACGUCAAUGAGAAACUCCUGAAGGCAGUCAACGAUGACGGUAGGAUUAACAUUGUUCCCUCCAGUGUUAAGGGCACUUACUUCCUUAGGUUGGCCAUCUGUGGUUCCAAAACCAACAACAACGAUAUCAACUUUGCAUGGAAAGUCAUCAGUGAAGUUACUUCAAAACUUCUUCAAGAAAAUGCAUGUAAAUAGGAAAAUAAUUAUGAUUAUUAUUUGAAAACAUUCAAAGUUAUAAGUAAAUAUAUAAGUCAAUGUAUUGCUUUACACUUGGGAGGGACAAAAAAAUGAUAAAAUUCCAAAUGAGCACUCAUCAUAAAUGUUAUCAAAUAGUAGGUAUUUAAUCGGUGUUUGUAUAAUUAUGUAGUGAUUGGGACAACUGUUUUAGUCAACCACCAGCAUGUUGGAUCAUGACUGGCCAUAAGUCGUACAUGCCACUACAUACAUGUAUGUAUUUUAUAUGUGAUGAAAGUAAAACAUAUAUGCAGACGUGUUUUAACUGGACUUGUCAAUAAUGUGUAAGUCAAAAUGUUUGCUUAUCUCAUGUUUACUGAUGUAAUCAGCCCAAAUAUAUGAUUGGCACACUGUAUAUUGUGGCAGCAAUGUUAAAGCAAACACUUCUACACUGAGAUUGUUUAAAAAGUAAAAAUGUAAAAUAUUCUCAGUUUCUUUCUAAAUUAUUCCUCUGGGUACCAACAUCAUAGACUGUAAAUUAUGAAGACAUACAUUAAUUUCUUUUGGAAAAGACAGGACUUGAAGAUUGACUUAAAACUUCAGGAUACUAUAUGUUCUGAAUGUGUAUGAGUUCCAUGGACUUUGGGUAUAUUUCCAUGGCCAGGUACUGGACAUAGGUCGGUGGUUUUUCUCCGGGAACUCGGGCUUUCCUCCACCACCAAAACCUGGCAUGUCCUUAAAUGACCACAGCUGUUAAUAGGACGUAAAACACAAACAAACCAAUAUUAUGUGUAAAUGUCCAUGGAUUCUGUGUAUGUGUUGAAUUUUAUUGCCUUCAUGAAGUACUGUCAGUUACAUUGUUGUUAGCUCACCUGCCCGAAGGGCAAGUGAGCUUAUAACAUGGUGCAGUGUCCGUCGUCCGUCUGUCCGGCGU